CUCCCGAGCGCUCGUGUGCGCCGCUCCUGCGCGUCGGGGCGGACGUUGCCCCUUUAAUCGGCGGAGGGUGGUACCGAGGAGGUCCCGCGAGAGUCGAGGGGGGCGGGGGGCGGUGCCGAGGCUGGGGGCCCGUGGCGGAUGGAGGCCGAGAUGGAGCCGGAGACUCUGGAGGCGCGAAUCACCCAGCCCCUCAGCCUCUGCACCUCCACCCAAGGCUCCUUUCCCAGCCGUUGCCGAACUUCCUCCAAAGGCCCCUGAACCCCUUUCUCCGAAUCUUCAGACACUGCUUCCUACCGCCCAGGCUCCUGAGCCCUCCACCGAGCUCCCUGCCCUGCAGUGCUGACAUUCCUGGCUCUCACAGCCCGCUCCCGGACUCUGCCCCAGAAAGCUGUGGGUUGCUUCUCCCUGGGCUAGUGUUGGACCCAUGCCUGUGCCAGGGCCUCGGGGAGGCCUCUGGGUCUACGCUCAGCUCAGCACCUCGGCCUCGGGCACAGCAGGAAGCUUCGAGGGACAGAGCCACGAACCCCCUCAACAAGGAGCUGAACUGGGCCAGCAUCAACGGCUUCUGUGAGCAGCUCAACCAGGACUUUGAGGGGCCUCCACUUGCCACCCGGCUAUUGGCCCACAAGAUCCAGUCCCCGCAGGAGUGGGAGGCGAUUCAGGCCCUGACGGUGCUGGAAACGUGCAUGAAGAGCUGCGGCAAGAGGUUCCACGAUGAGGUGGGCAAGUUCCGCUUUCUCAACGAGCUCAUCAAGGUUGUGUCUCCCAAGUACCUGGGCUCUCGGACAUCAGAGAAGGUGAAGAACAAGAUCUUAGAGCUGCUCUACAGCUGGACGGUCGGCCUGCCCGAGGAAGUGAAGAUUGCCGAGGCCUACCAGAUGCUCAAGAAGCAGGGGAUAGUGAAGUCCGACCCCAAGCUUCCAGAUGAUGCCAUCUUUCCCCAUCCUCCUCCUCGGUCCAAGAAUGUAAUCUUCGAAGAUGAGGAGAAAUCCAAGAUGCUGGCCCGCCUGCUGAAGAGCUCCCACCCGGAGGACCUCCGGGCGGCCAACAAACUCAUCAAGGAGAUGGUGCAGGAGGACCAGAAGCGGAUGGAGAAGAUCUCGAAGCGGGUGAGUGCCAUUGAGGAGGUGAACAACAAUGUGAAACUGCUGACGGAGAUGGUGAUGAGCCACAGCCAGGGCGGUGCUGCAGCCCAGAGCAGUGAGGACCUUAUGAAGGAACUCUACCAGCGCUGUGAGCGGAUGCGACCCACACUCUUCCGACUGGCCAGUGACACAGAGGACAAUGACGAGGCCUUAGCGGAGAUCCUGCAGGCCAACGACAACCUCACCCAGGUGAUCAACCUCUACAAGCAGCUGGUGCGGGGCGAGGAGGUCAACGGAGAUGCUGCUGCCGGCUCCAUCCCUGGGAGCACCUCGGCCCUGUUGGACCUCUCAGGCCUGGAUCUCCCUCCUUCAGGCACCACCUACCCAGCCGUGCCCACCUGCCCUGUCACCCAGGGCAGCUCCGAGCAGCCCAGCGCCUCCAUUUCCCUGCUUGAUGAUGAGCUCAUGUCUCUGGGCCUGAGUGACCCCACACCACCUUCAGGCCCAAGCUUGGAGGGUGCUGGAUGGAACAGCUUCCAGUCAUCUAAUGACGCUGAACCCCCCGCCCCCGCUCCAGCACCCAGCACGGACAGUUGGCACCCCGUUCAGACAUCCCUGCCAGCGAGCAGUGGUCUGGAUGACCUGGACCUCCUGGGGAAGACCCUGCUACAGCAGUCACUGCCCCCGGAGUCCCAACAAGUGCGGUGGGAGAAGCAGCAGCCCGCCCCCCGGCUCACACUCCGGGACCUGCAGAAUAAAAGCAGCGGCAGCUCACCCAGCGCCAGUGCCGCCAGCCUCCACAGCACGUCCCCUGAGCCCCUGGGGCCUCUGCAGCAGCCCACACAGACUGAGCUCUCGUUGGCCAACAUCACUGUGCCCCUGGAGUCCAUCAAACCCAGCAGCAUCUUGCCGGUGACCGUGUACGACCAGCAUGGCUUCCGGGUCCUCUUCCACUUCGCCCGAGACCCGCUGCCUGGGCGCUCCGACGUGCUGGUGGUGGUGGUUUCUAUGCUGAGCACCGCCCCCCAGCCCAUCCGCAACAUCGUUUUCCAGUCAGCUGUCCCCAAGGUCAUGAAAGUGAAGCUGCAGCCACCCUCAGGCACAGAGCUGCCGGCGUUCAACCCCAUCGUCCACCCCUCAGCUAUCACCCAGGUCCUGCUCCUCGCCAACCCCCAGAAGGAGAAGGUUCGCCUCCGCUACAAGCUCCUCUUCACCAUGGGCGACCAGACCUACAACGAGAUGGGGGAUGUGGACCAGUUCCCCCCGCCCGAGACCUGGGGGAGCCUCUAGAACAGAGAGGGGAGGGGAGAGGAGGAGGGGGCAACGGGACUGGCCACUGGCUAGCCUGGGCAGGAGGCUGUGGUGGCCGAGGACACCCUUUGUCCCCAUGGCCAUAUCCCCUGUGCCUGGUGCUUCAUCCCUCACCCCUGUGCCCCCCUCCUUCCGUAACCCCUCCCCUGCUGAGCCAAACCCAGCAGGAGGCUGGGCCUGGGUUUGCACUGCUGGGGACUUCACCACAGGUGGGAGCCUGCCGCAGGGGAGCGCUGUGGCCCUGGAAGGACUUGGGGUCCUUGGGUGAAGCAUGGCUGCCGGGCAGGGGCCGGGACCUCAGGCCCAGCCCGACCCCAGCCUAGGGGGGGGGGUCAUCCCCGCCCGUCUCUUAUGCCUUAUGGGAAGGCCCAGCCAUAACUGGGAGCCACGCUGGAGCCAGGAACCAGCUUAGGCCUCCUCCAUAGGAACUGGGUAACUGUGGGUGGUGAGGCCUGCACCCCCAGCUGUUUGCACUCUCUGGUGUGUGGUUUGACUCAGCUUUUAUUUCUGAGUGGCCCUGUGGUCACCAUCUCAGGGGGCCCAGUUGGGGGAGCCCCACCUGUCUCCUCCUCCUCCUGGGGGUCUCCCUCUACAGGCCUGGCCCCUUUGCUCUCAGGCCUCCUGAGGAGCUGUGGGGGCCGUGCAACUGCUGGCCCAAGGGUAAUGCCAGAGGCAGGUGGCCCCACUGGGGGCCCCAGGACUCUGGCCCAGGGAGGGCCUGCACUGGUUCUCAGAGUCCCCUUCAUUCCUGGGCCUCUGCUGGGCCUCCUGUGGGUGUCUCGCCUCUGUCCAUCUGUUUAUGGGCAGGAGUGGUCAGUGUGUGAGUGAGAGCAGGAGUAUUUAUGGAAAUAAAAUGUCCUUUUUCCUGGA